AUGGGAUUCUCAGCCUUCCUUGUAAACUUCAUCGACACCGAGGUCAGGUCAGACCGAGGCUGCGGAGGAUUGAACGCCAAGUACGUAGUCUACGUGCUCAAGAUAGUGAACGGAGAUAGGCAAUGGUUGUGCGAGAAGAGAUACAGCGACUUUGUGCUGCUUGACGACGUGCUGCGGUCGAAGUUCUGGUACAUGCAGGUUCCCAAGUUGCCGCAGAAGAAGUUCUUCUUCAAUUUCGAUGAGGAGUUCAUCAGCAGGAGGCGAAAGGAGCUGGAAGAAUAUUUGAGGUCGCUCCUACAAAGCGAGGAGAUGUGGCAGUUCCUCACGGAUCAGAAGUCCAUCGUCGGAGCACCGCCCGAGCUGCAGGAAGAGAAUGAUCGACACAAGCAGGCGAUGGAGUAUGCUGCAACGGAGGAGCCGUAA